GAGAUAGAGAACUAUAACACCGUCAGAACUCCUUUUCGACGUCUUCCCGACGACAUGCUCUCGGAAAUAUUCUUUCAAUGCGAGGACGAGAUUGACAUCCAGCAGAACAUCGAACGGAUUGGAAAGGACCAAGAUGUCAUCGCUUCUUUGGAUUAUCGCCGGGCACCGUUGCUUCUGACUAGGAUGUGCAAGCAUUGGCGCGCCAUUGUUCUAUCUCAUCCUCGUUACUGGUCUACCAUAAGUGUCAAUACCCCC